UGAUUUGACUCGACCGGCUUUUAACGCCGAUAAAAAACUCGGCGCGCACUCACACGGACCGUUUUGCGUAAACGCUGAUAGAAAAAUACGCAAUUUAAAAAUUAGUGUCCCUCUUACAAUUAAAAACACGUGUAUUGUUAUUUAAUUUAAGUGAAUCUUAGUGUUUGUCAAGUCGGUGCAUUGACUCUUGCGGUCGUUUAAGGCCUUGGCUUUCGCGUUUGCUCCGUACGUAGUUUGCUGCCAUCGUCCGUUCGUAGGAAUAAAUAUGUGCGUUGUUCGGCUGUUUUUAGUGGCAGUCGCCAUUGUUGUUCAAUAAAUUUAACGCAGUUUUUCAAAAAUUUUCACCGGGAAAAAUCUUUUGAUCUCCGUGCGGUCGAGAUUUGUCAAAGUAUAUCAAUUAAAGUUGAAAAGAUUCAUCAACGGAAGAUAAACCUCGAUAGAUUUUUCGGUUGUGACACGUAACUGUGCUCUUUGCUUUUGCCUCGCCGCCUCUGUGUGUUUUUGUGGUGCAAUGUUUGACGUUUUGUGACGCGGGGGCCCCACAAAAAAUUCGUUCUUUUGUUGGGGUUUUUAAUUUCGUUUAAGAAGCGUCACGUGGUAACACCGGAAAGUUAUUAAAUAGAAUCGAUUUCGAAUAACUCUAAAAAGGAAUGAAAAUCUACGCAAAUAUUUCGAAAAAAUCAUGAAAUUGAAAGUAAUCAUCAUAUGAAGUUUAUUGACAUUGACGCUGGAUGAAUGGGAUUACGUACGACCUCGGUGAGGGACCCUCACGUGGAGGUCAUGGCCCCAGCAUUAACGGAACCGAACCAAACACCAAAUUUUAAACUUUUAAAAGAACCACCGGCAAGCAGUAAUGAUGGGCAUGAUGUCUUGGAUAAUUGUCUUGAUUUGGCAACAACGGAACUAUUGUUAAAAGAAAAAGGGGCCUCGGUGGACACAAUCGAACCGAUUACUAGUGAUAUAAUGAGCCAAAGUCCGCUAUCUAUGGGCGACCAAGACGACAAAAUGGGUCUAAAUAUACUUAAAGAUAAAUCUACAACACAAGAUAUGGAUCAAAUAAUGAAUUUGGAUCUCGGUCAAAAUGUUGAUGAAAUCAUGCAGGUGAUUAAAUCGAUGGAAGGUGGUUCUAGUGAUUUAUUCAAUGAUGUUGAUGUGAUGAAUAUGAGUAUUGAAGAACCGGUUUCAAAAGAAACCCAAACCAAAGAAUUAAUGGCCGAGGUUCACAAGAGACAAUUAAAAGUUGAACGAAAAUUGGAAUUUCUUUUGAGACGACUACGAAAGAUGCAAAUUCGUCAUAUGGGGCAACAUUUUAGUAGUGAAGUCGCCGGGGUAUUCGAACAUGUCCACCGAACCUUACGACGACUUAAAGAUAACUCCCCAGUUAAUCUCAACAACGAACUCAAUCUCGAAAAACCUACAGAAUCAAAUCAAUCCUUAGAAAAAAUGAAACCAAUAUCGAGCAGUUCCGCGAAAAAUUUAGUGAGAAAACUCGAGAUGUCAUCGUUAUUACAAUCUAAUGUGGCAUCUAGAAGACAUUCCGGGCGGUAUUUCGGGUCUGGUUCGGCGGAACCAGGUUCGUUUCGGCCGGGAGUUUCCGGUAUGACAAAUUUAGCGCCGUGGGUUCCACAACAUAAACAGGAUUUACAAAGGAUCGCCGGAUUGUUACACACAGAAAUGGGUUUAGCACAGCAGGAAGUUGAUUCAGAAGCAACGGCCAGUAGUUCUGGGGGUGAAAGUUGUGAUGAAAUGCAAACCUAUAAUAAUCCACACCAACAGUACCUCAGCAUACAUAAACGAGCAUCUUGGAAAUAUCUACAAGAACGAGCAUCGAUAGCCGCAAGAUGGACGUGGCUUCAGGCGCAAAUUUCGGACCUCGAAUACCGGAUACGACAGCACAGCGAGCUUCACAAAACCAUUCGUCAUUCGAAGGGUCCCGUUCAACUCGGAUACGAAAACCCGCCGAGCUUUCCAUCAUCGCCUACAACGACGACGCCAACGGGUGGUGCCGCCGCUGUGAACGGUUACCGCGGUCAACUUCCGGGCGACGUCCUCCAAACGAUCGGCGACGGUGCGAUGACGCUCGAAAAGGAAUACCAGUGCGCGCGGACGCGACCGCUGAUCAAUUUCCGGAAACGGAAGUUGCUUCAGACGACGGGAUUGCACGCCGUUUCGAAGAAAGCGGCAAGACCGUCGACGAUCCGUUGUGGAUGUACGAAACCGGCAGUUCCGUGCGCCCUAUGUACCGGAAGGACUGAUCCUACGCAUCCGCGCGAUCCCUCUGAUUAUCUGAGUAAAGCGGAAAAGGUCGCUAUGUUGGAUCCGAGUUUUCACCCAGUGUUUUCGUUGCCAGAAGAUUGUUCGAGUGGAAUUCAUCUGGAGGCAAUAAUGAAAACUCCCGACUGGCAACAACGCAGCUCUCGAACGACGAUCAAGGGUAUGAAGUACAUAACGAAAGGAGGGGGCGCGGAUCGUGUCAAUGACAAAUUAAACGCGACGUCGGUGGAUCACCGUUCGAAAAAGGUAGACCAUCGAAAAAAGUAUACAAAUCGAUUAUUGAAACCUGCCACUGUAAACGCUUUAUCCGCAAAAUUAAAGAACAAAUUCAAAGGAAGGAAAACGUCGAUAUCGUCGGCUGGAGGUGGAAACAACAACAACAAUUGCAGGCAUUUAAGUUCUUCGCAAUCGUUAGCCAAAUUGAACAAGAAACAGCGACAUCACUCGCACCGGGUGUCGAUGGGUAGCGCGUCGGGCGAUUGCGAAGACGAAGAAUUGGAAGGACUCGGUAGUUUGGGCGGUUCGAUCAAGUUCGAUUCGCCGAGCACCUCUCCGUUACUUGCCACGCAAUCAAUAUCUGGGUUUCAACGGCGAAAUCGCGUCGAUUCGUACGAUAUCGAUAACAUCGUUAUACCAUAUAGUGUUGCCGCUUCGACACGUGUCGAAAAAUUACAGUACAAGGAAAUAUUAACGCCCAAGUGGAGAGUUGUUGAGGUGACGGAAAAUAGUGAGAAAACGACGACGCCACCAACGACGACGCCAUCUAGUGAAAAAAAUAAUGGAGCCGUAAAAAAUCCUAGUCAACAACCAGAUAGUGGCGGUGAUAUCGAAGAAGAUCUAUCAGAUGAAGCGGUCAUUGUUCGUCAUGAUAGGUGCGAGUACGACGAAAAGAAAAAGUUCCUCAGCUAUCUUAAACUACCGCUAGGUUACGGGCGUUCGCGUUCCCAUAAAAGAACCGAUAGCCGAGCCGAAUCUUCGGGGGCGAAUACUCCUGACCCCAUGUCUCCUCAUGCCACACCCGCCAUCGCUGCGUCCGGUCCUCACCUCCAUAAUAACGCAUCCACUCCAAAUAAUAAUACCAUUAUCUCAAAUAACAUAAUCGAUCCCCCAACCAUCAACUCUGAAAACAAUUUUAAUUUAAAUCUGCCCUCACCAAUCACUUCACCGCCGGCAACGCCACUUUCUGUAACGACGGACGACAAUUCAAACACUUCAUCCAGUGCCGCUUUGCGUCGUAGAACGAUUUCGCAAUCAAAAUUUGGAAAGGAUAGGUUAGGAGUUGAAGGAAGAUGUGAGGAUUUUACGAGAUGUGGGACCCCCGUCGAACAUUUUGAGGUGAAUCCAUAUGAAAGGAGAUGUUUUCCAUUGACUGAUGAAAUGCUUGAGAAAAUGUUGGGAAACGAGAAUCAUAAGUUUAAAACGAAUUAUCGAGCACGAGAUUCGGACGAAAUUUUAUCAACGACGACGACCACUGCGGCGAUUGGUAGUGUUACGUCAACGGCGGUUGGUGGUAGUAGUAGUGCGGGAUGUAAUGAGGUUAACCUUGAGGAUGACAAGAGUCACGAUAGCGAAUCGACGGAGUCGGCCUAUGGCGAUGAAGAUCCCAACGAUCCCGAAUGGGUUGAUAUGGAACGAACGACGAAAUCGGAUCGGUUUAAAAGAUAGGUUAAUUAAAAAACACAGAUUUUUUUCGUAUAGUUUGGUAAGUUUGUAUAAAAUUUGUGUACAUUGGGCUGGUUCCGUUCAUUUUUUUUUGUUUCAACACGAAAAAGAAUACAAGAAAAAAGUAGUGUAAGGAUUUAAGUUAGGUUUAUUAUUUCCUUUUUUGUUUUGUCUUCACAAUGAGAAUGUUUUUUUAAGUCGUUAUUUCUCAUUCGAAUGAUUAGAAAAAAAGAAAGAAAACGGUUAAAGAGAAAAAUAAAUAAUGUGGAAAGAAGGUAGUUUGUAUCCCCCCUCCUUCUUCUCCCGCCAUUCCUCCACUUGAAUUUAAAAUGAAAAAGGGAGGGGUGGUGAUUAUUUUUUUGUUCGGUAUUUUGUAAGUUUUGCUGAAGUCUGUGAUGUGAAUUUACAUGUACAAUAUUUCAAAAUAAUGUUGUCUCGCUUUCGUAGAUUUGUAAUAAUGUAACAAUAAUAAUAUGAAACGGUA